AAUGCAAAUUAAUGCAUGUGUUUUAACUGCUGUAUAUAAACACUGUCAAGAGUUUUCCCUUUCUCAUGAUCGGUUAAAAUAUUUCAAUCUAUGUUCCAGAACAACAUUAAUUUUUGGAUUUUUUAUUUUACCCAAAUUGAGCAAACAAAACAUUUUCUUGAAAUUAGUGUUAGUUGUAGCUACAUUUACACAGUCAAGAAACAGAGCAGUAGAGGACCUCAGCAAACGCGGCCACAAGAUGACUUAAAAUGAUUUAAUGAUGUUUUAUUAUGCCUACUUUUAUGCUUAUGUAAUAUUAGAUAGAUAUAUCGUUUUGCUGUUGUUUUAAGCAUAGCUAAAUCUCACUGUUAAUUUUAACAUGUGUAGAUAUUUUUGGUGCAACACAGACAUAAAACCCGAUUUUUGCAAAUAUGAGAACAUUGCAGAGCAGACUAUGUAGUCGGUGAGAGUGAGACCCUCUGGACUGUCUGUCUGCAGUCGAGAUGGAGGGAAGUUUUCAAGAGGAGGAUUUCCGACGCCAUUGUGACGUCAGCAGCGCCUCUUUAUUCACCGCCGACCGCAGCAGCCGCAACAAAUGAACAUCCCUGGAUCAUUUAAUACUUUGUAACUGCGUUGAAACUUUGAGCAUGCGUCUCCGGGAAGCGUUUUUGUUCCGCGAAAGCGUGAGAAAACAAACUCGGCAUCUUGCAGGAGGAGAGAAAGUUUUUGGAUCAAAGUUAGUCGUCGCAGACUAACAAAGCCAGCCGGAGAAAGUUACCAGUGCUGGACUACAGCGGGAUAUCGCCUGGCCUGGAAAACUGUUUGUCAACAUGUCUGUCCAGUCCUGGGUACCCAGCAGCCUCCCAUAAUGAACAGCUCUAAGAAUGGGACAGCGGUGGUCAACUCCACUAACGGCCUGGAUGACGAUGGGCUCGUGGUCCUGGAGUCUGUCUCUAUCAUCGUCAUAGCCAUACUGGGAUGUCUGGGAAAUCUGGUCAUUGUGGUGACCCUAUAUAAGAAGCCCUACUUACUGACACCCAGUAACAAGUUUGUCUUCAGCCUGACUUUGUCCAAUUUGCUGCUGUCUGUCCUAACGCUGCCCUUCGUUGCGGCCAGCUCGGUGCGUCGGGAUUGGAUGUUUGGAGUGGUGUGGUGUAACUUCACAGCACUGCUCCAUCUACUCGUCAGCUCAUCCAGCAUGCUUACACUGGGAGCCAUUGCCAUCGACAGGUACUACGCCGUUUUAUAUCCCAUGAUCUACCCCAUGAAAAUCACGGGAAACCGAGCUGUGGUCGCCAUCGUUUAUGUGUGGCUCCACUCCCUGGUCGGAUGCCUGCCUCCACUUUUUGGUUGGUCCGCCUUUGAGUUUGACCGCUUCAAGUGGACCUGUACAGUGGCUUGGCACAAGGAGAUCAGCUAUACUGCCUUCUGGGUUACGUGGUGCUGCCUUCUGCCACUGGCGGCCAUGCUGAUCUGCUAUGGCGUCAUCUUCCGUGUGGCCCGCAUCAAAGCACGCAAGGUUUACUGCGGAAGUGUGGUGGUGCCUCAAGAGGAGUCCAGUUCUCAGAAGAAUGGUCGCAAGAACUCCAAUACGUCCACAUCUUCUAGUGGAAGCCGCAAGAGCCUGGUCUACUCUGGGAGCCAAUGCAAGGCCUUCGUCACCAUUCUGGUGGUUCUGGGGACGUUUCUGACCACUUGGGGUCCAUAUGUGGUAGUUAUCAGCACUGAAGCACUGUGGGGUAAAGACAGUGUUUCUUCACAGAUGGAGACGCUGGUCUCCUGGCUGUCUUUCACCAGUGCCGUGUGUCAUCCACUUAUUUAUGGGCUGUGGAAUAAGACCGUACGUAAGGAGCUGUUGGGCAUGUGCUUUGGCGACCGCUACUACAGAGAGUCUUUUGUUAUACGGCACCGGACCUCUCGUCUCUUUAGCAUCUCUAACCGGAUAACGGAUUUGGGAAUGUCUCCUCACCUGACGGCCAUGUUAGUGGGCGGUGGGCAGCUCCUGGGCCGUGGAAGCAGCACGGGAGACACUGGCUUCAGCUACACCCAGGACUCAGCUACAGACGUCAUGCUGUUGGACAGCUAUACCUCAGAGCCCUCCCACUCAGCCCACUGUGCUGCCAAUAAGAGGAGGAGUUCUGUCACAUUCGAGGACCAAGUGGAUCAGAUUCCAAAAGAUGACCCCUCGGUAGUCCAAGUGACGGCAGACAUCCAUAAGUCUUUGGACAGCUUUGCGUCGUCUCUGGCUAAGGCUAUAGAGAACGAUGCCAAGCUUCAACUCUUUGGGGAAUGGACUCAAAUUCCAACAAGUCUGUUCACCGUACGAAACACACAGAGAGCUCCCCGUUACCUGGAUGGACAGAGACUCAGGAUGGAAAGCAUUGAUGAAGGAAUAGUUAAAGAUGAUGAUGAUGAAGAUGAAGAAGAGCAUGAGGAAAAAAUAGGUGACACUUCCAAGUAGUUCUUUGACUCGGCAAAUGGACCAGAUUGUGUAAUCUGCAGCUUUUAAAGGUACAAGGCACACAUAAGCUAAAUGUUUACAGAUAUACAGUGAUUUAUGUGUAAUUUACAUACAAGGUAAAGAACGUAUACUUGAUGAUUUUAGCUAGCAACUGCUGCUACUUUCCUUGGUGAGGCCAAAGACCUAAAAUGAUGGCUGUACCUGCAAGUCAUCAGGUACUAGAUCUGUCACUCACCAGAAUAAGUUAUGUUUUUGUAACAUAAAAGUUAUUGUAAAAUCACGUACAGCCCUCAUAUAUUGUCAGGUAUUUUGCCUGUGUUGGGUACUGUGUGUAUUAUGUUUACUCUUUUCUUAUAAGGAAACUGUAACCACUCCGUUUUAUACGUCCUGACUGUUUGUAAGAAUGAUUAUCCUACAGCUCCUCUCCUCUGAUUUAAGUUCAGGUCUAUUAAUAUAUUCCGUUAUAAGUGCUACCAGGUUUAUAGAAAAUAUACCAAAUGUCUUUAGGGUUAUAUUUAUGUGGCCAAAAAAAACAAAAAACCUUACAAAAUAUUUUUUUCAGGCAUUGAAUUAACAUCAUGUAAAUGAGAGAGAGAGAGAGAGAGAGAGAUACUGGCAUGAUAAAAGGUAGAAUACCUCUUAAAAUGCUGUUUUAUCCAUAUGGUGCGAGAAAGCAUGUGUAGUACCAUUACUGAAGUCACUGGUACAAUUGCACUUGAAGAUUUUGUUACGUUUGAUCAGAGACUUCUCACAUCUGUUUUUGUUCCUACUAUGAAAAUUUACUCAGUAAGGAUUAAUCAUUCCUGUGGAAUCUAUUAUUUAAAUUUUUUUUUUUUUGAAUUAUGCCAGUCAGUUAUAUACCAAUAUUAAUAGGCUUCUUUGUCAACUGCAGCACUGCUUCUGGCUGCAUUUGUCUGCAAACCACAGCACAUAAUGCUUUUUUUUUUAAUUUGUACUGUGUUAUUAAAUUCUUUAUGGGUACUCAACAAGCUUUCAGUCAUGUUUUGUUUGAAUCACAACACAUUUAAUGUCUCUGGUACAUGGAUUGAAAAGGAACCGGAACUUAAUCUGAAAAUCUGUGGACAAACAUUUAAAAAGAUGGCUUACAUUCCUUAACAGUGCUGUUGAAUGAGGUUAGCAUCGAAUGGCACGCUAUUAGACGAGGAGAUAUUUCAUCUUAGCUUUUCCCAGCGAU